UUUUAAAGAGCCUUCUAAUUCAGGGGGCCUUUUUUGUCCAAUUAUGAAACCUUUAAUUGUACUAGCACUCUGCUGUAGUUUUUUCUCUACUAGAGCCACCCCUCUUCCAUUUGAGUUUUUGGACUGUGAUGACCCUGAUGUCUUUAAAGCUGUCGACACAGCACUGAAGAAAUACAAUGGAGAGAGAGCGACUGGUAAUCAAUUUGCUCUAUACAUGGUGAUGGAAGCCAAGAGAACUGCAGGUCCUGACACACAAUUCUAUGUUAAAUAUCGAAUACUAGAAACCAUUUGUUCCGCUGAGGAAAACAAACUCUGGCAAGACUGCGAUUACAAAGUAUCUGCAGAGGCUAAAACUGGAGAAUGCACAGCUCGAGUUCACAUGAAUGAUGCUGAAAAAACAAGUAAUGUUUCACAAGAUUGCAGAAUUUUGUCAGCUAUACCAAAGAUAACACUUAAUGAGGCUACCUGUCUUGGAUGCAUCCAUCCUAUAUCAAGUGAAAUACCAGAAGUGUCAGAAAUUCUGAAACAAGCUAUUCAAAAGUUUAACAAGCACAGUGCUGAACCUGCCCUUUUUAAGCUUGUUGAAGUAAAAGAAGCCAAAAGACAGGUGGUAGCUGGAUGGAAUUACAUAAUUAAAUAUGAAAUCGAGGAGACUAAUUGCUCCAAAGACCAAUUUCAAGAUUUAACUCCAGAGUGCAAAACCACUUCUAGAGGACGUGUAGGUAAAUGUGAUGCCAAAGCAUAUCAAAAUGUUCACGAGCAGAUCAUAGACAUUGCAAGCCAAUGCAAGCUUCCAGUUGAAGACACAGUAAUUCCUGCCGCUCGCACUGGUUGUUCAAAGACUAUCCCAAAAGACAGUCCAGAACUGAAGAAACUACUGAAGGUUUCCAUGGAGAAGUAUAAUUCGGAGAGCAAUCAUGACUUCCACUAUAAAGCUGGAGAAAUAGAAGCAGCGACAGUUCAGGUGGUUGCAGGACAAAACUACCAUUUAACAUUUACAAUGCUGAAGACAAACUGCUCAAAGACAGAGUUCGAAAAACUUGAUGAAGAUUGUGAAGCCACACCAGACAGUGUACCAUUGUCAUGUGAAGCACAAAUUCAUGUGAUCUCAUGGGAGGAUGAAAUCUUUCCCCAGGUUAACUGCUCUAAAGAACGGUCAAUGACUCUAGUUCUAAGAAGGCCUCCUGGAUUCACACCUUUCCGAGCCCUGCUUACGCUAAACCAGCCAAAUGAAAUUUCAUGCUCUGAUACAAAUGAAGAAGAAAGGCAAAGUCCUGACAAAGAAACGACAGAAGAUGGUGGACAGGAACCAGAAGGUGAAGGUGAACCUGAGCAGAAACACAGGCAUGAACCUGGGCAUAAACACAGGCAUGAACAUAAAAAGGAUCAUGAGUUUGACAAAAGGCACAGGCAUGAAAUUGGUUGUGGGCACAGAACUGGCCAUGAGUGCGGGCAUAAAAAACACAGUAAAAAUGGAAAACAUAAACAUCCAAACCCCAAAUUUUCUGAGGAGUUCCAUGAAAGGGUUUUUAAUCAAAAUGAAACUGUCCCAUCAUCCAGUGCUGAAAUAGCAUCCGAGCUAGUUAAACCAGGGCUUGCAAGAAAGGAAAGGAGUACACCUGCAGAACCACUAAUUCUUCCUGAUACUUCUUCAUCUAAUGGGUCACCAGAUCACCCAGAAUCUCCUCUCCCUAGCUGUCCUGGAAAACCAUGGAAACAAAUUACAGACUUCCCAGGUCCUUCUAGCUUCCCCAGAGAAUUCACAAAUGAAGAUCUCUUGCCUUCCUCAACAGCAAACAUCAAUUCAGCAACAGAAAAUUCAACACCUCCCCAAAAUGAAGCGAAAGACCUUGAUCUCUCAGAUGCUUUACUAUAA